AUGCUGAGUGAAGACUUCUCAAUAACACAACUGGCAGUCCCAGCUGUCAGUGUGCUGAUUGCGUUCCUGGCUUAUACGUCCCAGUACUUCUUUCUGCACUUCGAAUCUGUGCCUCUUACAUCAGAGGAGACUUGGAAAAUCAACAUAUUCGCCGUAUGCAUCUGGAUAUGUUAUUAUCGAACUUGCUUUGUAGAUCCGGGGCGACUCCCGAAGUCGGAACAACGUCCAAAGCCCAAGGAGCAAGAUAGUGACGAAGUCACUGGCCGCCAACGAUGGUGUCGUAAAUGCGAAGCUUACAAACCGCCACGCGCUCAUCAUUGCAAAACUUGCAAGAGGUGCAUUCCAAAAAUGGAUCAUCACUGCCCCUGGACCUCGAACUGUGUUUCUCAUUUUACACUUCCUCACUUCAUGCGCUUUUUGUUUUAUGCAUCUGUCGGCAUGUUGUAUCUCGAAACUCUUCUUUGGCAGCGAGCCUCAUAUGUAUGGAAGAAUAGCCAUCUGCCAAGCGUGAGUAAACCAACGUCUCCACCAUUUCAAGUUGCUAAUAUCGCACAGUACAUGGGACCUACGAUAAGUCAGCUUAUUCACCUUUUCGUCUUGCUCGUUGUCAACGGCUUCACGGCAUUUGCUCUGAGCAUCCUUCUCCUUCGGAGUCUUUGGACGAUCGGGUCUAAUACCACCACCAUCGAAACCUGGGAAAUCGAGAGGCAUGCAACUCUUGUGCGGCGUGCCCGUGUGCUUGGCGGGUAUCUUGAAGGCCCUGGCGGAAUCCGGGUCUAUAUCAAGAAGCAGGAAUAUCCUUACGACAUCGGAAUCUGGGCCAAUAUCAAGCAGGCCAUGGGUGGAAGUGCAAAUGUGAUAGGUUGGUUCUGGCCACUUGCUGCAAGCCCCGAUCGUCGCACCGGUUGGGAGUUUGAGACAAAUGACUUUGAAGAUCCCGGUCUUUCGUGGCCCCCUCCCGACCCAGACAGAAUCCCGAUACCGGCCAGUGCCAAGCCACCAUACAACUAUCGCAUGCCUCAGUAUGAUACUAUACAAGAUGAGAUCGAUGCCUUCAAUCGUCGCAAAGAAGAAGACAUGAAACGGUUCCAGCAAGCUUCGGGGCUACAGCGUCGCAAGCCAUUCCACGACAGACAUCACAGAAUUGAAUAUUCCGGCAGUGAAAGCGACGACUCCGAAGCUAGCUCUCGCAAUUACUCAGACGAAGGCGAGGAGUCGUGGCGCAACGCAGAGGGAGAGCGCUUACGCGACUUUGGGGUUGAUGAAGAAGUCGAGUUCUACGACGAGGAAGACAUCCCUCUUGCUGUUCUCAUUGAACAACGCAAGCAGCAAAAAUCUCGGAAUUGA